AUGGAUGGAGCAAGAGCAAGAGCAAGAGCAAGAGCAAGAGCAAGAGCAAGAGCAGGUCGAAGAGCCCAUGCACGGACCCCUAUUUCUGAUGAUAUAAGAGCAACUUUGGUGGACCAUGUCAUCAACCAUGGCCUGACUAUGAGGGAAGCCGGGCAGAGAGUCCACCCACAUCUAAGCCGCUUCACAGUGGCAUCUGUAAUAAGAACAUUCCGACUAGAAAACCGCAUGACUAGAAGACCUUCUGGGGGAGGACGCCAACGCCUGUUCACACAACAGCAGGAACUUGCCGUUGUGGACCUAGUGAGGGCAGACAAUGCCAUCCGUCUCCACCAGCUACGACAGAAAAUACUUGCAGACAGCCAAGUGUUCAACAACAUAAACCAUGUGAGCAUCAGCACCAUCAGACGCAUCUUGGGAAAACACAACAUCACCAUGAAGCAGCUCUACAGGGUUCCAUUUGAGAAGAACAGCGUCAGGGUCAAAGGACUUCGAGCUGAAUAUGUACGGAGAAUCUUGGCCAUGGAUGGAGCUGCACAGCCUCAUGAAUUCAUUUUCAUUGAUGAAGCUGGAUUUGACCUGAGCAAAACAAGACGACGGGGUCGUAAUUUGUACAGACCAGAUCAGCCCAGGUUUGUGGUGGUAUGGGAUAAUGUCAGUUUCCAUCGGGCUGCUCUGGUCCAGACCUGGUUCACCAACCACAAUCAGUUUGAAGUGGCAAUGGAUCAGGCCUGCGGCGACAUUCAGGUGACAGCAAUCCAUGGAUGGUUUUGA